AUGUCUUGGACUAGACAGGAAGUGUCAAUUCUGAUUGAGGAGUAUCAGAAAUACCCUUGCUUGUAUCAAGUAAAAGACAAGCAAUACAAAAAUAAACACGCAAGAAUGAGAGCUCUUGUAUCAAUAAAAAAUGCACUUACACCUAUGAAAGAAGAUGUUGAAAUACCUGAAAUUAAAUCAAAGUUUAACAACUUAAAAACAAAUGUUCUUCAGGAAUAUCGAAAGGUGCAAAAGUCGAAAUCUAGUGGAUCCGGAACAGACGAGUUGUAUGAGCCAACACUCUGGUACUAUAGGGCUAUGCUAUUUGUACUUGACCACACAGUACCACGAAAAGCUUUAGAUUCUUUGAGUGAAGAUAUAUUUGACGAAUUAAGAGAUGAGAAUGUGUCUCAAACAUAUACAGUUAUGAAUGAUGGGGAACUGUUCGAGGAAGAAAUUGAAUUGGAACAAGGAGAAAACAUUGAAAAUAUAAGGCCAAAUAUUUCUUCUAGUGAUAGCGAAAGGCCUCAGAGUUCAUCCACUAUUUUGAGCAAUGCUCAAGUAACACCAACUUUUCAAAAUAAUGAAACUAGCGGACCUAGAAGAGGGAAAAAAAGAAACAUAGAUGAAGAGUCUAGAUACUUAAUGGAGACGGCAAACGCAAUGAAGAAUAUAUCAUCAUAUAUAGGACAAGAGAAGGAAAAGAAGGAAGAAGAAAAGGAUGAGUCUGAAAUAUUUGGAAAUUUUGUGGCUUCUAAAAUGCGACAAAUUUCAGACGAAUCUAUAAAAUUAGAAACAGAACAAAAAAUUUGUAUAAAUAAGGCAUACAUCACAGCCUGCAUCUGCCUGAGCAAGAACAGGCUUCGUAUUGUAACAGGGAUCCUUACCGGGCAUUAUCGACUUAGAGGACACCUUAGUAAACUGAGAGUAGUAGACGAUAGUGAGUGCAGAUUCUGUGAGGAGGAGGACGAAACCUCCAUUCACAUUCUAACUGAAUGUGCAGUACUCCAGAAUCCAAGGGCACUAUACCUAGUAGGAGGAUACCAAAUGGAAAAGAGAGAGAGAUUUACCUAA